AUGUCUCUGCCUACACAGCCUACCCGGGUACAGAACCAGUCCACCCGACCCAUCAUGACUUGGCCUACACAGCCUACCCAGGUACAGAACCAGUCCACCCGACCCAUCAUGUCUCUGCCUACACAGCCUACCCGGGUACAGAACCAGUCCACCCGACCCAUCAUGUCUCUCGCCUACACAGCCUACCCGGUACAGAACCAGUCCACCCCGACCCAUCAUGUCUCGGCCUACACAGCCUACCCGGGUACAGAACCAGUCCACCCGACCCAUCAUGUCUCUGCCUACACAGCCUACCCGGGUACAGAACCAGUCCACCCGACCCAUCAUGUCUCGGCCUACACAGCCUACCCGGGUACAGAACCAGUCCACCCGACCCAUCAUGUCUCGGCCUACACAGCCUACCCGGGUACAGAACCAGUCCACCCGACCCAUCAUGUCUCGGCCUACACAGCCUACCCGGGUACAGAACCAGUCCACCCGACCCAUCAUGUCUCGGCCUACACAGCCUACCCAGGUACAGAACCAGUUCCCCCGACCCAUCAUGUCACGGCCUACACAGCCUACCCGGGUACAGAACCAGUCCACCCGACCCAUCAUGUCUCGGCCUACACAGCCUACCCGGGUACAGAACCAGUCCACCCGACCCAUCAUGUCUCGGUCUACACAGCCUACCCGGGUACAGAACCAGUCCACCCGACCCAUCAUGUCUCGGCCUACACAGCCUACCCGGGUACAGAACCAGUUCCCCCGACCCAUCAUGUCACGGCCUACACAGCCUACCCGGGUACAGAACCAGUCUCCCCGACCCAUCAUGUCUCGGCCUAG